CUCUGACUGAGCCCGCCUCUGACUGAGUCACGUGAUUAGUUUUGCAGCUGCGGAUUAGUGCAGAAGAAGUGCAGAGACUAGUUUCAAUUCCAAGUUCAAAUAAUUAUGGCAACUCCUUUUGUAAAAAGACCAGAACGACACCAGCCACUAGGUCUACUUAAUAUUCCUGAGAUAUUUCAUUUACUAAAGAGGCAUGGUAUCAGUUAUUUUGAUUUUGGUCUUUAUCUGGGUCUGUCUCGUCCUACACUUAAUGCUAUUGGGGCUAAUAACAAAGGAAAUGUUAAUAAAUGUCUAUCAGAGUGCUUGGAGGUAUGGGUGGAACAAGCUGAUGAUGUAAAGAGUAAAGGUGGUCCAACUUAUGAUACAUUAAUACAAGCACUGAGGAAGAUGGGGAAGAAUGAUGUAGCUGAUGAGAUUGAAAGAGAAAUAGAAGUACCUGAAACUCCACCCUCCAAUCCUCCUGCUAAGAGAUUGACAAUGCAACAAUUAUUAGAUAUCAAUAAUGCUAGUGAAGUACUUGAUCUACUGGAUGAUCAUGGAUAUUUUGGUCGUAAUUAUCGUGAUCUUGGUCUUCAUCUGGGACUGCUCCUUCAUACACUUAAUGCAAUUGAGGCUGAUAACAAAGAAUAUCCUGAUAGGUGUCUAAUACAUUGCAUUCAGGCAUGGUUGAAACAAGAAAAUAAUGUGAAGAGUAAAGGUGGUCCAACUUGUGAAGCAUUAGUACAAGCAUUGAGGGAGAUAGGAGAGAAUGCUGUAGCUAAUGGGAUUGAAAGAGAUUUACAAGGAGAUAUUGUACCACCUACUGCUAAUCCUAUUAGUACUGAAGACACUCCAGCUGCUGACAGAAUACCAGACACUCAACAUCCACUCACAGAAAGACCACCUAUUACUGCUAAUCCUAUUAGUACUGAAGACACUCCAGCUGCUGAAAGAAUACCAGACACUCAGAAUCCACUUACACAAGAUGCUGUAAAUGUCAAUGAAUGGUUAAAAGAAGGCAGAGUUGAUCUAACCGUCAAACGUGUUCAAAUGCUUGGCCUCCCUGGCUCCGGUAAAACGUGUUCCCAACACCUCUUACUCAAUGAAGACCCACCUGAAGAAGAUAACAGCACAGGAAUAGCUUGUCGUGCUGUCAAAGCUAUGAGAAUAUCAGCCCAUGAUGAUCGUAUGGAAAGAAUUGAUGCUAAAGCUCUUCUUUCUAGUCUAGCACAUGAUCUAAAGGAAGCCGCAGCAAAACAAAAGAAAUCACCAGAAGACCAUGGCACAGAAUCAAAAGGGGAAUCUUUAGAGACUAAAACAACAAAACCAGCAGAGUUAGUAGAUGAAUCAGCAGGGAUAACAGAAUCAACAGCUGCAACAGAAUCAGCAGAGGCAACAGGUACAACAGAAACAGAAGAUCCAGCAGACGAUACUGAAGCAAAUAAAAUACGUAAUGAAAUUGUUGAGGCCAUUCCAAUUGCAAAAGGUAAAUUUGAUCGUCAUUGGGUAUACAUUAUUGAUUCUGGUGGUCAGACAGCAUUUCAAGAGCUAUUGCCUUUGUUUACUAGAGCAUCUUCUUUUAACAUCAUCACACUUGAUCUUUCUAAAGAUAUCGAUGAGAAGCUCAAGCAAGAAUAUCGAAUCAAUGGAAAAUCAUUUUCUUGUGAUUUGGAUGAUUCGUCAGAGGUAUUGUAUACGACAAAUAUCGAGUUUUUAAAGGAUGUUCUCUCUUCUGGAGCCAUUUUACAGCCUUACCAACCACCAAAAGCAAUUGGAUCAGAAGAAAACACCAGCACUGGAUCUACAACUUCUCCGCAGUAUGCAGAAUAUUUUGUCCUGGGUACACACAAGGAUAAAGCAAAGCAAGAAGUUAUUAAAAAAUAUAACGAUGAGCUGAAAAAAUUAAAAUCUGAGUCUGAAAAAGAAGGCUAUCACAUCAUUCGUGAUGGUAAAAUAUACGAAGUCAAUACAAUGAUCAAAUCCCCUGACAGAGAAGCUGAAGCCAAAGAACUUGGCAAAAUAAUAUAUUAUAAUACUUUUGAUAAGAAAUCUAAGGUAUCCAUUCCUGUUCGAUGGUUUGCUUUUGAGCUGACUUUGCUAGAGAAAGCAAAGAGAAAAGGCCGCAGUUUCCUUCAGAUAAAUGAUGUCUUACAUGCUGGUAAAAGCCUUGAAAUGAACCCUGAUCAAACAAAGGAAGCUCUAGAAUAUCUUCACAGUGUUACCAUUAUUCUUUAUUAUCCUCAAGUUUCAGAUGAUGUAUUUGUUGAUCCUCAUCCUAUUCUUGAUAUUCUCUCAUGUCUAUUGGCUCUAGUUUUAACUGAAGAUCAUCAUCCCUUUGUGAAGGAAGGAGUAAGACCCUUGCCAUCUGAACUGAAGAAUCUAAAGGAUAAUGGCAUAUUCACUGAAGCACUCCUGAAAAAGUUAAAAGAUUACGAAAAUUUUUCUAACCCUAAUUUUUUUAUCAACCUUUUGCUUCACCUUCACAUCAUUGUUAAGACUGGUGUAAAUGAUGAGUAUUUCCUUCCUUCUGCAUUGCCGCCUUAUAAUCCCAAAACCAGUUCACAUCCAGAAUCACAUAUUGACCCAUUGCAAAUAAUCUGGUGCAGCCCUAAUGGAACUAAUAAAGAUUCUCGUGUGAUUUUGCCCGUUCCCCGUGGAAUUUUCCCUUUAGCAAUUGCCAAUUUAAUAAAGUCCCCCAAAUUUUGUUUUUCUACUCCUAAAUCUCCACAUUAUCUCAGAUGUCGAGAUGCUAUGUCGUUUCGUGUUUGUUUCCUAGAUGAUCACAUUGGCACCGUUCAUAUCAUUAAGAAACACAAACAUAUUGAGAUUUAUUUUGAAGGUGAUGCUUUGAAAUACUGUUCACUAAUUCGUAAAGCAGUAAAAGAAGCUAUUACUAGCAGUUGUGAAGCUAUUAAUAUAAAACCUGAUGGUUAUGAGUUUGCCUUCGCCUGCCCCUCCUCUAAAAAUGGCUGCUACCGUAUUGUCAGAAAUGAAAAUGAGAAGAAAGUUGAAUGUACUUUAUGCCCAACACCACCUAUUAUCAGUGGGGAAGAGAAGUAUUGGAGCUGGUUUGACAAGAAGAGCUUAACUAAAGUGUUGAUUGAGAAAUAUAAAAAGAUGACAAAGGAGUUUCGUUCCUCAUUGGAUGCUAUAAAAGAAGCUCUGGCCAUAAAGUCUGUAGAUGAUGUUAAGGGGUGUCUAGUGGGUCUAAUGAAAGCUGCAGAUUGGGCAAGUGAAGUUGAUACAGUGACAGAUGAGAUGUCUUUGGCACAAUUACUUCAGCGAUAUUGUUUUCUUUCUAAUUUAUCUCUACUGAAGUACAUAGCAGAGAAGCUUGACCUCAAGGAAUCAAAGUCAAGGAUUGACCAGCUAGCUGAAGAGAGAGAUAUCUUCUAUAGCAAAGUACUUGCUGAAGAAUUUACUGCUGCAGCAAUUGAGGAUCAUGAAAUCAUAAAAGAUCAUCAUGUGGAGAUGACUGUUGUUGUGUCAUGGAGUUCAUCUGAGACAACCUUAGCAACAUUUCAAGACUACAUCACUAAAGAGUUUAAAGAUCUCUCCAUGUUCAUAGCACUGAGAGCUGUACAACACAGCUGCCUGACAUUUGUAUGUACUGUGCCAUACUGGUGUGUAGAUCCUCUUCAUGUAGCUCUUGGUGUAGGACUUGUGUUUGUUACUGGAGUUCUAUGUAUUACCCUUAAGAAUAGGAGAUAUGGACGGCCACCUACUGACUCUGGAAGAGAAGCCAAUACUCAACAGCAAG